CUGCAAGCGAUAAGAUGCGAUCUCGACUGAUUUGAAUUUCUAACUCAGAUAUCACGACGCAUUUAGAGACGCAACAUGGACGAAACAACGAUUGAUUCAAUCUUUUCGGGAUCCUUGAAAUCCUUACCGCCUGUCAGUUCAAAAAUUGUGCGAAUAUUUACGAGCUCGACUUUCACUGACACGACAAUGGAAAGAAAUACUUUGAUGGCUCAGUGCUAUCCUAAACUCAAGGACUAUUGCAGAGAAAAACACGGUUUAGAGUUUCAGGUGGUUGAUAUGAGGUGGGGUGUACGUGAUGAAGCCACCGACGAUCAUAUGACUACAGAGCUGUGUAUGCGAGAAAUAGAAAAUUGUCAGAGACUGUCCAUGGGACCCAAUUUCGUUGUAUUCCUUGGACAGAAAUAUGGAUAUCGUCCUAUACCAACGUAUGUUCUCAGCUCGGAACUAGAGAUGUUAAGGACAGAAUUGGAGGGUCAAGGAAUGGACGUUAGCCUUCUGGACAAAUGGUACAAGAAGGAUAGUAAUGCUGUGCCGCCUACAAGUAUAUUGCAACCGAUCUCGUCUAUCCUUAAAAACUUUAACAAUAAAAGAAUACCCAAGCUGCAACAAGAGGAUCAGGCAAUCUGGUGGGACACCAUGUGCAAAAUGCAAAAAUUGUUCCGGAAAGGCGCGCAAUCCUUAUGUAAUUCCGGGAAGUUUGACAAGGAUACAAUGCAUAAUUAUUUCAUGUCAGUAACCGAGCGGGAGGUGAUUAACGGCGUGCUGAACGUAAAAAAUACGAAAAACCAUUGCCUUGCGUACGUGCGAUACAUAAACAACAUUAAUCUACAAAAUCUGAGGAAGGCCAGUCUGUUUCUGGAUAUAGCUAACAGAAGUUUGGACAACGAAGCCUCGAAAUUGUUGGCCGAUCUCAGAGACGAGCGACUACCGAAUAAAAUCGAGAGCACGAAUCUUCAGAGAUACACGGUGGAAUGGAUAGGGAGAGAGGGUCUGGAUCCUGAAACCCACGGAGAGUACCUUCAGCACUUCAUCACUCACUUUUACAGAAACAUAGUGAAGCUCGUGGAUCGCGCCAUGAGGAAGGAAGACAAUUCCGCGCAGGGACAAAUAAUAACCGAGAUUUUGCAACACCUGCACGCCUGUAAUAAUUCUGUAAAGGUGUUUUACGGACGCGAGGACACGCUGGAGAGGAUAAAAAAUUACAUGCUAGGCGACAGCGAUAAGCCAUUAGUAUUGUACGGGGAAGGGGGAUGCGGCAAGACUUCCCUACUGGCGAAGAGCGCGGGUUUGACGAGCAGCACCUGGCUGAUUGAUAAGAAGCCGGUCAGCAUAAUUCGAUUUCUCGGCACCACCCCGGACAGCAGUGCGCUUACGCCCACGUUGAUCUCAAUCUGUCAACAAAUCUCGUACAAUUACGGAAUGUCGUUUGAAGAGAUCCCGGACGAUCUGGUGCCGCUCACAGCCUACUUCAAAUAUUUGUUGACUUUAGCUAACGCCCAACAGCCUAUUCUGCUGUUUCUGGAUAGUGUCGAUCAGCUGACGGGUGCACAGGGUAACAAAUUGUCGUGGUUGCCUACGAGGCUACCACCAAACUGCAAGAUGAUUUUAUCCUGUGCUGCGGAGGAAUCGAAUCCGAUGAUUUCGAGAGAUUAUCAGUUGCUGCGUAGGAUGAUAGACACCGAAGAAAGUUUCAUCGAGGUAACCGCCUUGGGCGAGGAUCUGGCUACGGACGUGAUAAGAAUGUGGAUGAAAACGGCCAGGCGGGAUCUGAAUAACUACCAGUGGCGUCUGGUGGCGAACGCAAUAUCGAAAUGCUCCCUGCCGAUCUUCGUGAAGCUCGUGUUCGCGGAGAUUUGCCGAUGGCGUAGCUACACGAAACCGGCGGACACGCACCUCGCCAGCACGGUGAUGGAUAGCAUAAUGAUGCUGUUCGAGAGGAUCGAGAAGCAGCAUGGCAAGAUCCUGGUCUUCCACGCUUUGGCUUACAUCACGGCCGCCAAGUCCGGCUUGUCGGAGUCCGAGCUCGAGGAUCUGAUCUCCCUGGACGACAAGGUUCUCGACGACGUCUACCAGUACCAUUUGCCGCCGGUGAGACGCAUCCCGCCUCUGCUCUGGACGAGAAUACGAAACGACCUGCCCAAUUAUCUGAGCGAAAGAGAAGCGGACGGCGUGAGCGUGCUGAACUGGUAUCACAGACAAUUCAGGGACGCGGCCAAGGAGCGUUACUUCAAGAAUAUGAACAUGGCGAUGUAUUUUCACUCGAUGAUCGCGGACUAUUAUCUGGGAAUUUGGGGCGGUGGCAAACCGAAGCCUUUCAAGUACACCGAGAUACAGAGACAUCGAUUCAAUUUAACAGACAAGGAGGGUGUGGCGGACAGAAAAGUGCCGGAACAACCAUUGGCAUUUUACUCAAAGGAGGGAACUAUCUCGAGAUAUAAUUUACGAAAGUUUGGCGAAUUACCAUUUCAUCUGAUAAGAGCACGGCGGUUCAAGGAUCUCUUCGAGAACGUUUUAUUCAAUUACGAGUGGCUGCACGCUAAGCUAAGCUCUUGCCCCUUGCAAGCUGUGCUUUCUGAUUUCGAAGACGCGUGUAACUUUGUUGACAAUCAAAGUUUGGUCAGAGAACUCAUGUUAGUCGCUGAUGCUCUGAGAUUAGGCGGUGCGAUUCUGGGAAAUCAUCCUGACAUGCUCGCGCCGCAACUGAUCGGUCGAUUGCUGCCCGAGAUCGGGGCAAAUGUUAAUGUGCGAAUGUUGCUCCGGGCAUGCGAUCACGACGGCGUCAAGAAUUGCGCUCUGCUUCCUCUCUAUCACUGUCUGCACACACCUGGUGGACCAUUGAAAUACUCGUUGGAAGGCCAUCAAUUCGCGGUAUUCGGAUUUUGCUUAACGUCGGAUUAUCGCCACGUAGUAUCGAUAUCCAAUAAAUUUAUCACCUGGGAUCUGAGUACCAGCGACAUGGCGAGGGAUGUUAACCCCGGUGUGGAGGGUAUAAUGCAACGAUUGGUCUUAAGCCCCGACAACAGAUACGCUGCGGCUUUUACGACCAACUAUCAGAGUGUCGUUUUGAAUACCCUGACGAGCGAAUUCGUCGUCAUCGACAACCCUUUACCGAACGAGGAUGCAGUGUGCGGCGUGCAUCUGAUGAAUCAGUACGCCUUUAUCUACGGGAAGCUAGGCUGGUGCAGAUUCGACCUGCGAGGAAACCUGCUCGAUAAUCACAGCAAUCCCGAAGAUUCCAACAAAUGGCCGAUUUUGUACGUGGAGUACACGAAUCUGGAUCUCUACAGAAUUAUAUUCUGGUCGGGCAGCCUCGACGACACGCGUAUGCUUUUGCAUACUUACAGGAAGAAGGCAUCGUUAGAGCCGUUUCAGUUUCACAGUGCUUUGGUCAUGACCAAGGACAAAGGCACUUUGUACGCGUGCACGAGCAAGGACGAUUAUAGAAUCACGAAGUACAGAAGCGACGAGACCUCGUCUUACUGGGAAAAAGUUUUCGACAUGCCGCGGGCGUACAAUGACGACGUGGAGUAUCUGUUACAGCUGAAGUUGGACGGGGAGGAGGAAAUGCUGCUGGCGACGACCGGCAACGGGUUCAUCGUGUGGUUUCUGGAAAGUAAAAGCGACGCGCAUGUUUUAAUGUUGCCGAACGGAGUGAGGAACAUCAGUACGCGUAUGAUGUGUUCGAACUCUGUAAUGGUCAGCGGCACCAAGAAUUAUGCUGUUGCUGGUGUGAGGAAAAAUCUGUACGUUUGGUCGCUCGAGACGUCUGACUUAGUGAAAGUACUGGACGCGCACUUCGCGCGGAUCAUUCAACUGGAAGCGUUGACCGUCGGAAAUUGGAAUAGCGUUGUAACGUCGAGCAUCGAUAGAAGCGUGAAGGUGUGGAACAUCAAUAAUAUUUUCGAGCAAGUUCACGUCAUCGACAGGCACGAGCUGCAGAUAGACAUGUUAAGCUUGGCCGAGGAGGGCAACUUGGCCGUUACGGUUACCAGAGAUUGCGUGGGUGUUUGGGAUUUGCUGACGGGUAGAUUAAUAUCGAAGCUGGCCGACAGUCCGCUGGGAGCAAUUGUUACACACGCUUGCAUUACGCAGAACAGCAAGUAUAUUGUGUCGACGGAAUCGGGCAAUGUUCUCGUUUGGAACAGAAUUACGGAGCUGGUGCUGUUCAAGGAGGAGCAGAAGAACGUCAAGCAGUUAAUGCUGAUAGAGAACUCGUCCAAGUUCAUAGCCGUUUCGAGGCCCAAUAAUCUUCCGGGGGUGGAAAACGUGCGGACUACAGCGACUCUCGUCUUGAGAAGUAUUCCCGACGGCAGAACGCUAUUCUCUUUCGAAUAUCCCGUGAGAAGUAAUACCGGUACACCCUUCCGACACGUGGUGAUAACAUCGGACGACGCUUUUCUGGUGGUACCAGCGGCCGACAAAGGCAACAGGGAUUGCGUUAUAAUUUACAGCGCGAAAACGGGCGCGUUGAUCAGCAAAAUACCUAUCAAGUUGCCUGGAUUUAAGGAUAUUGUGUGUAUUACACCGAUGCCGAACAAAUCGCAGUGGAUAGGCAUCAUCGGUUCCGACAAAGGUACAAUUCUUGACAUUAAUAAGAAGAAGAUUAUACGCACGAUUCCGAAAUGGAGCGGAAACAUCAGCAAGGACGGCAAAUACACCUUGUACGCGCCUAGCAGAGGCGGCCUCGAACUCAUAGAGUUAAAGAAAGGUACAAGCGUGAAAACCUAUAUACCCAAGGUGGCCGAGGGCGUGUUCACCGUCAUAUCAAUGUUUAAUCGUACGGACGAAUAUGUGCUGUACUAUCACAGCGGUCGGAAAACCAUCAGGGUCUUCAGAUCCUCGGACUGCGAGAUAAUAGCCAAUUACAGAGUGCAGGCCGAGUUAAGUGCCAUCGAUAGCACGCACGACGGCAAGAGCAUCGUUCUGGGGACGGUCGACGGCUGCGUGUCGGUACUGGCGAUGGCUGAUCCGCAGAAACCCGAGAUGACGGAGUAUCUUGCGAACGUGCCGUCUCGCGACGAACAGUGGAAGAAGAAGACCGAGAAGCAUCGGGCGGCGAUAAAGUUCAAGGCCGCCGCCCGGAUCGCCCGCGUGACGCACGAUCUGUCCGCGAGCGUGAAGCCGACGAGCUCGGAAACGAUCGAGGAAGCGGACGAGAACGCGGAGUGA